CACAUACGAGCAGUAUAUUUCCUCUAGUAAAACAGAAAAGACAGUAAAAAGGGAAACCCUCACCAUCAAAUCAUGAGCUCCCUCCAAAACCCAUAAAACUCCUCCGCCGUAAUCGGUUUUUCGGCCACCCUUUUCCGCCGUAUUCAUACACACACACACACUCAUAUAUAUAUAUAUAUAUAUAUAUUCAUAAACCAUGAAUGAAGGUUCAUCCACCCAUGAUAUUGCAGAAAAGAUAAUAGACCCACCUGCUGUAAAUCCAAAUGAAAGUGCAGAAAAAUUAAUAGAGCCAAUUAGACUGCCGACAGCUGAAGAAGUAAAAGCCCAGGAUGUUUGGAACAAUUGUGCUGUUCGCAGCGUUGUGAGCGGCGUGAUGGGAGGUGCACUUGGGGUGGCUAUGGGGUUGUUUCUUGGUGCAUUGGACAAUCCGAUAACGGAUGAUAAGAUGACUAGUAUGCAGCAGAUUAAGUUUACUGCCAGGCAGAUGGGUGCAAGGAGCUGGGGUUCCUGUAAAACGUUUGCUGUUAUGGGAUUUGUUUUCUCUGCUGCUGAAUGCGUUGUUGAAAAGGCACGAGCAAAACAUGACAUCACCAACACAGUUGCAGGAGGAUGUGUGACCGGGGGUGUGAUGUCUGCAAGAGGUGGUCCGAAGGCAGCUUGCAUAGGCUGUGCAGGGUUUGCUGCUUUUUCUGUGGCAAUAGAGAAGUUUUUGGACAGACACGACUGAGGAAACAUCAGAAAGUUUGAAUAAAUUGGUUUUCUUGAAGACAAGCCUUUUGCAUUUACCUCAAUAUAUAGCAUAGGUUGCAAAGAGGGAUACUUACAGCUUGUUCCAUUUCUCCAAAUUUUUCUGAUUUAUUAUAGCCAUCAACCACUGUUCAUGGGACUUGUUGGUUUUGUAUCAGCAGGGAUAUUUCACAUCCCUCUAUUUAUUUGCAUCCAUAUGAUUUAGAGAUUGCGUAAGAUGAGAAAAAGUAGGAAAUUUUGGAAGUAUUUACUUGUAACAACAUUGACUGGCUUUCAUCAAGUACAUUUGACCAUUGGUUAGCGUUGUUAUGUGAGUUUUCCAGGUCAUAAACAUGACCUUUGGUG